AUGAGCCAAAGGAGCCAUGAGACGUUGGGGCUCGUGGUAAACGACGGCCAUGGCCUCCUGCUUGAGGCAAAAGGCGACCUCGUAUACACGGCAUGUGACCAGAAAAACGGUUUCUUCACGUGUAUCGCAGAAAAGGCCAUUGAUCUGGGUCAGUUCGCUGAACGGGGCGACGACGAUGACGACGCCGUCGAGCCAGACGAGGACCAGCCACUACCGACUGUGCGUCUGGAAACGAAUCGACGCUCGUUGCUGAUUGCCAAAUGUGAAACCAAUGGACGUGAACGCACGAUUGUCGUGUCCAAGCCCAGGGGAAAAGCCGACAUCGAGUGA